AUGAUUGUUGGAGACUGUAGCCUUCCUAGGUUCAUCAUAUUCAAGAACAAGAAAAUCGCUGAGAAGAUAAGAGGUGCCAAUCCACCAAAACUCCAAGAAGCCGUCAAGAAGCUCGCCGCAGAAGCUGACUCAGAUGGUGCUGGUGGCUUUACCACAGCUGGAAGAUGGACAGCUCUUGCUGCCCUACAAGGCUACCAAUACAUCAUCGACCAAGUUGACAUACGAGGCAUAGAACUGCUGAACUCGAGUAGCGACAGCGGGACCACGGACGCUGUUCGAUGGCCCAAAGCCAUCAUCCCUCUGCGUUGCAGGGAAGCGAAAGGACAAAGCCACGUCGACAUGUGGCAAGGGCAUAGACUGGAUGGAGAUAGGGACAAGGUGAAGCUGGAUGGGAUCAGGAUUGUUGGGGAGACGGGGGAGUCGAAGGAUCCAGGGAAUUUAGAGAAGGUGGGGGACCACGAGCGAUGGUAUACAGCACGCAUGGAUGUGCACUUCGAAGAGUAG